CGGGGGAGAGUCGUGCUCGUGCUGUGCGGGGCAUAAUGGAGGAUAGGUAGUGGAGGCUGUGAGGCUCGCUGAGAGGAGCUCGUCAACCCUUGGUCUAUUUCUGCUGCUCGUCUCGGACGCUCCUUCGGUCGCUCGCACUGAACCCUGGAUCGCAACAAGAUGCCGAACAUCAAGAUCUUCAGCGGCAGCUCGCAUCCCGACCUGUCGCAGAAAAUAGCCGACCGUCUGGGUCUGGAGCUGGGCAAGGUGGUCACCAAGAAAUUCAGCAACCAAGAAACAUGCGUGGAGAUAGGGGAGAGUGUGCGUGGAGAAGACGUCUACAUUGUGCAGAGUGGCUGUGGCGAGAUAAACGAUAAUUUGAUGGAGCUGCUGAUCAUGAUCAACGCCUGCAAGAUCGCCUCAGCCUCCAGGGUCACAGCUGUUAUCCCCUGUUUUCCUUAUGCCAGACAAGACAAGAAGGACAAGGUGGGGAGCCGGGCGCCGAUAUCCGCCAAGUUGGUUGCCAACAUGUUGUCAGUUUCAGGAGCAGACCACAUCAUCACUAUGGACCUGCAUGCGUCACAGAUACAGGGUUUCUUUGAUAUCCCCGUUGAUAACUUGUACGCAGAACCAGCUGUGCUGAAAUGGAUCAAAGAGAACAUCCCUGAAUGGAAAAACUGCACCAUUGUGUCUCCUGAUGCAGGAGGAGCCAAAAGGGUCACGUCAAUAGCAGACCGGUUGAAUGUGGACUUUGCCCUGAUUCACAAAGAGAGGAAAAAGGCAAAUGAGGUGGACCGCAUGGUUCUCGUGGGAGAUGUGACGGAUCGGGUUGCCAUCCUUGUGGAUGACAUGGCGGACACGUGCGGGACAAUCUGUCAUGCUGCUGACAAACUCAUUUCUGCAGGUGCCACCAAGGUAUAUGCCAUCCUGACCCAUGGCAUAUUUUCUGGCCCAGCCAUCUCCCGCAUCAACAAUGCAUGCUUUGAAGCCGUGGUGGUCACUAACACAAUUCCUCAGGAGGAGAAGAUGAAGCAUUGCUCCAAAAUACAGGUUAUAGAUAUCUCUAUGAUCCUUGCAGAGGCCAUCCGCAGAACUCACAACGGCGAGUCUGUGUCGUAUUUGUUCAGCCACGUUCCCCUGUAGCAACGCCAUCAUCUGUGUGCUACUAACACCAAAACAUGAGAGGAGGGAAAUCCCCAAACACUACCAUUAACAAAGAUGAUUGGUGAUUGUGGAGGGAAAAAAGAGAGAAAACGUUGUCUGAAUGAACUGUCAUGUCUGUUACUAACGCUGAGCUGAUAUCACUCCUGUCCCCUCCCCCUCUGAGCGGCAUCCCUUCAUGUGUUGGGGGCCAAAGCAGUCGUGCAUUACCAAAUUAGACUGGCAUAUAUAUAAAUAUUAGAACAUGGAUAAAUAACUUCUUAUCCACUUGGAACUAUUUCUUUCUUUCAUUACAUGUAGUAAACAGAAUUCUCUUUUUCAUUGUAUCUCCCUUGGAGUCAGUUCAGCCUGUUAAAGAGCUCAUAUAAAUAUCCAUGCCAGGUCCCAGUGCUCAGGAGAAGCGUCUGGCAUGUAAAGCUGUUACAUUGCUUUUUGUUACAAUGAGUGAGUGUAGUUUUUCAUGUUGCUCUUACUAUAUGUUGUUUUAACGAUUAUAAUCAAUGAAGUGAAUGUGUAUUGAACUAGUUUACAGUGCCACUGAAGCUCCACUCAACCAAGAGUGCCUCAAAAGUCUGAAAUGAAAUGACAUUUCCUCAUUGUUCAUCUCAUUUCCCUUUUGUUUUUCGCUAAGUAUUCUGACUGGAAAAAAAAACCCAAACUUGUCUCGACAGGCUGGAAACAUUUUUUGAAGGGUGUUUCUUUCGACUCUUGAGGUGCCCUCAUUGAGUGGGGUUUGCCAGGUGUCAUAAAUUUAUCCUUUGAGAGUUCAGGAUUGAAAUGUGUCGGUAGAGAAGCCGUCGGGUUUUUAGCUUGGGGUCUCUGCAGGCUGGAGCUUCCUUCAGAAAUGUUAACCUGCUGUUUUUGUCUUUUUUUUUUUUUUUUUCUUUUUUUUGACUGUCUGGAGGAAGGAUGUGUAAUUGAUGUGCAUUAUCCAAACCUUUGUGUUUUCUUUUACAGUAGGAUGAAUGCAUCGGUUAUUUCAGGGUGCAUUCUUAAUAAAUUUGAGUAUGCGUUAAAGAUGGCAAACAUGA